GCAGGGGGUUGGACUAGAAGCCCUCCAAGGUCCCUUCCAACUCUGUUAUUCUGUUAAGUAUCUCUGAUGUAAUUAAAUUGUUGCAAUUUCUACAAAAUAAAAUAUUAGUGAAGACCAAAGUAUUUUAUUGUAUUCAUUUUCCCAACAUAUUUAGUGAUUGCUGUAAUGUUCUUUCAGUUGAAACUCACUGUUAUGAUCACAUUGUAUGUUUAACCCAGUCAGUUAUUACCUAAUCUUUAUUGUUUUGAUCUAGAAUAAAUAUACUAACUGGAUAAAUGACAAUCAUUUUGGAGAAUGUGGUUCCCCUGCUUCCUUCUGUUCUGUUUUUACUUAAAUUUCUUGUACCAGAAAGUACUGUCAAAGCUUUAGUAUGUACACAGCCCCUUCCUCACAGCCAGGCAGGUAGCAGCAGGCAUGGCUUGAAUACUGCAGCUUAAUGAAGUCCUUCAAAAACAUGGUCUAUCAUUGUGAGGGACAAUUUUGUUUAGCAAUGUUAUGCUUAAAUCUCAUUUCCAGACAACUGACUGGGUAGUACAAGACCAUUAAUCUAGAACUGGAUUAUUAUGAGUAGUAGUGACUUGUCUACAGAAAAGUACUAACAAUUGAUUUAGGAUGCUUCAGUUUAAAAUAAUCUGAAGGAUUAUGAAUUUGCACAACAUCCUGUUUCUUGAAAUGAUCUAGUUAUGUAUGAGGCAUGAAUGCAGCAUGGUUAUUGGUUAUUAUGAUUGCAAGCAAUUAAUAAUUUGGCAGGACAGGAGUAUGUGAAUCUUCAAAAUUAGUUAGUUGGGUAUUGAUUAAGACUAAGUUAGUUUUGGGAUCUGAGAAAGCGUUACCACUGAGCAUGAGGAAACAAUAUAUCUAAUUGUAGAUAUUGUAAUACUAUUCCCCAUUUUAGGGUCACUGCUUGGUUUCUGGUGUUGGGGUUUCUCUCUGGGACAAUACAAGUACUUUAUGGUUCAUGUGAGUUAAAAUAACACAUUAUUUGAUUUAGUAUGAAUUGUAAACAGAUGCCCGGUUACAUUUAAUGCAACCCAAAAUUCAGUUAAUUCAAGGUUAGCGUGUAUGCAAUUGAGGCAAAUGCCUGCAUAGUUGCAUUUGAGGUUUCAGAUACUGCUAAUCUUUAUGUGCAAAAUGGAGAAAAGGAAGAUUUUGUCAGAGGAAAGCAAUACAAUUUCAAAAAAGAAUAGGCAUAUUAUUAUAUAAGAACAAAAAUCUGAUGUAAUUCAAUGACAUAAACAUGAUCAUAUCAUAAAACAAUAACUGUUGAACUGUAUGAAUCUAUGGUAGAUUGGUAAAUUUAAAUUAUAUUUUUAUGCUUUACUGUAAUAUUUAAGUAUAUACAGAAAUAUUUUAAAAAUUGACAUUGCCUAUUGCCAUCAAGCUGGAACCAAUUGCAGUAUUUUCCAUAGCAAAUAUUCCAAUUUUCCACUUCAAAUUGGGCAAAUUCAAAUAAUGUGACCAUUUUAUGGAAUUCAUUAACUGCACUAAUUGAGACCUGCCUGUCUUUUCAGACUGUCCUUAUAUAACAUACUAAAUAAAAAAUAGCUAACUACACUAUUGCAUUUUUUGUUAUGUGAAUCAUAAUUGAUUAAUUUCUGGUUAGGGUAGCAUGCAAAUUCAGAUAAUUGGGUUGAGAUAAUUCCAGAUAAAUUUUAUGAGCGUAACAAGGGUUUAUCUACCGAUCAGGCACAAGAACAUAGCAAGAGUUUAUAUGCAGAUCAGAUACAAAGAAAUACCAGUUACCCUCAUGGAAACUCUGCAAAACAAAUUAGUAUGAUCUCGGGUACUUUCACGAAUAGUCCAUUGAUCCAAUCUUGCUAUAGAAUGAUGAAUGCUAUAAUUUUAAAUUUGCUACCCAUAUAAGUAGCUUGCCAUUGUUUUCUUCUACUACUUUUUUCCGUUUCUCAGGAUAGAAAAUACCUUCUUGAGUGGCCUCCUAUCCGAGGAUUAAUCAAAUCUGAUCCCACUUAGCUUUCUUGCAAUCAGUCAAGGCCGUCUAAAUACUACGUAAAAUAUUGUAUCACAAAAUAAAAAAAAAAAUCUGCUCUCUCUCUGUCACCCGCGCAAUACUUAGCAAGGCGCCGGCCCACCCUGCCCAGACUGUCCCAGCGACUCGGUUUCCGGUGUACUUUUACGAGCGAGCUGGCAGGAAAAAGUACUCGCCGGUUCGAAAAGCCCGUCACUCCUUCCGUUUUCGCGAGCAACUUCAGUGGACGAAGGAGUGUUCGCGCGUGCGCAUUUCCCCUGGAACCAUGAGCCCAGGCGUCAGAACCCGACGGGAUUGCAUUGGUGCCGCACCUCAACGACUGGUAGUUGGUUUUGUCAGUUUGUUGGAAGCCGCUGCUCAGAGAAGAUUAACGUGGACUAGGUUGGGUUUGUAAGAAACUCAGCCUUCGGAAGGCACGGGGAAAGAAAAAAUAAGUAAUUGCCGUUUAGCCUUUCCUGGUGAAGCUGUGGUCUUCGGGCAAUUGCCUGCUACAUAAACUUACCUUUAGACUACCGGCCUAAAGUAGUUAAUUGGAUGCUAAUUAGCCCUGUUUCAUUCUUCAGUGGAUGGCUGGUUGGUCCUGGUGUUAAUCAUUCUCCCCUUGCUCCUCCUCUAAGUCUCCAGGUGAGGAGGGAAGAGAUCAGCGCCACCAGCCAAAACGGAGAGGAAUCCAGACUGGUGAGGAAAGGAAAAGGAAAUCCUAAAUUGGUAUAUUGUAUACUGUAGAUGCCUUGGGAAAGGAUCAGUCUGCAAAAGCUGACUACAGUGAAGUUGCUAGACUGUAAACUCCUUUGUUGUAAUAGAUUAAAAAUAUGUUCCUGGGGAACGUGUCUUUCAUAGUCAGAGGAAGAAAAGAGUCACCUAAUCCUGAAGUUGCUAGGAUCCUUGUAGAAGGAUUUAUAUAUAAUCCAAAUUCAAUUCCUUGUUCAAGGAACUCUGGAAAACUGAAAAUGCCCUGUAUACUUCAGAGGAUUAUCAACAUUACACAGUGUUAAGAUCUUCAUCAUUUUCUCUCCUUAGGAAAACAGAGUAAAAAAAAAGUUUAUUUCUUCCAGAAUGGCUUGUUCCAGAGCUUGCUCAGGGGAAAAUGGAGAACAGGCCACUUCGCAGAAUAACAGUGGUGAUAAUGAGAGGCAAUGGCAGCAGGAACGCCUCAACAGAGAGGAGGCUUAUUAUCAAUUCAUUAAUGCACUUAGUGAUGAAGACUACAGGUUGAUGAGGGAUCGUAACCUUCUUGGGACUCCAGGGGAAAUAACAGCAGAUGAGCUGCAGCAACGUUUGCAAAGUGCAAAGGCAUCCCAGUCUGAGCCAGAAAAUAGAGAAUGGGAAGAUUCAGAGACGCUUGGGGAAAACAUAACCAGCAACUCCUUGCUUGAGUGGCUGAACACAUUUCAUCAUACAGAAAAUUCCACACAUAGUGGUCAGAGUGGAAACCAGACUUGGAGAGCUGUAAGCCAGGCAAACCCAAGUAGUGGAGAAUUCCGGUUUAGUCUUGAAAUAAAUAUAAACCAUGAACAGAACAAUGAUAAUACUCCUGGGGAACAACUGAAUGAGUUCUUAUAUGGCCAUUCCAGUAGAAUGCAUAUGGAAAAUAGACCUGUAAUUGCAAAUAGUCCAGUAGCCAGCCGAACUAGGAGCAGGACAUUAGCUAAUUCUGUUGGCCCUGGAUUUGUCUCAUCAGGAAUUGGAAACGUUGGUGGUUUGCUGACUCAGAACGCUGAAGAAAAUUCUCGAUUCUUCUCUGGUAGACUUGGCGCUAGAAACAGAAGUUCAGCAAGUUCAACACCUAACAGCCUUUUAGAUGACAAUGAACACAACAUCAUUAGGCAAAGGAGAACACAGAGAGUGACUCCAAUAAGAUACUACAGAGGGAGAGCUAGAACUCGAAGAAAUUCAAGGCAAAGGACAGACGUUUUAAGAUUAAGAUCAACUUUUAGAGGCCAGUUCCAAUCUCUUUUGGAAAAUGGGCAGCCAGUCAAUAUGCAACAAAUACAUGCAGGAACUAAUAGGGCACACACAACCCAGCCUUCUCCGGAACAAACAGAAGAACAAGCAUCGUCACUGGGUAUAACUUUGGAAGAGGAAGAAUCUGUAAGAGCUGCAUCUGCAUCUAGAAGACAUCCUAGUAUUACAUUAGAUCUUCAGGUAAGGCGAAUUCGUCCCAGAGAAAAUAGAGAUCGUGACAGUAUUGCUUCUAGAACUCGUUCAAGAGUAGGCAUGGCAGACAACUUGGUGACUCCUGAAAGUGAUAAUGAAGGAUUUAUUCAGAAUGUUUCACGAUCUGAAUAUGCAGGAAUACGGACAUAUGUUAACACUAUUCGGAUACCUCUUCAUAGGGGGUCAGAUACUGGGCUUGGUGAGUCUUCAUCAGUGGCUGUCAGAUCAAUUUUAAGACAAAUUAUGACUGGAUUUGGAGAGCUAAGCUCCUUAAUGGAUACAGAAACAAGUUCUGAAACUGAGAGCAAUAGUCAGCACUUGCCAGAUAUACCACCCUCAAUGCCUAGCUUCCGCACUUUAAAUAGUGAAUUUCUUACAACGUCGCCUAGGGAUAGAUUAACUGAUCAAGAUAGCACGGAAGGGCAGGGAGAAACAAAUUCUAUCCAACACCAUCAAAGUAAUAAUACCCCAAAUAGCAGAGCAUCAUUUGUUGAAAAUGGAACACUUCCCAUCCUUCGCCUUGUACCUUAUCUUUUAUUAGAAGAAGAUUCUAGUGACAACUUGAGAGGAUUGACCAAAGACCAGAUCGAUAAUCUUUCUACCCGGAAUUAUGAGAAUCCCCAUUCAGAAGAUGAUGAAAUAAGUAAGACGUGUAGCGUGUGUAUUAAUGAAUAUGUUGUAGGAAACAAGCUAAGGCAAUUGCCAUGCAUGCAUGAAUUCCAUUUUCAUUGUAUUGAUCGUUGGCUUUCUGAAAAUUCCACUUGUCCAAUUUGUCGGCAACCUGUAGUAACUUAAUAUUGCAAGCAGUAGUGAAAUCCUCAAAUCCAGAGGCCUCUUUUUUUUUACCGACUUUGAAUAAUAAGAGGUUGUCUUAGAUAGGUUUAAAGUAGGAGAAAAUCUGAUUAUUUGCUAAAGGAUUUACCUAACUUCCAAGUACAGGUAUAAGAGUAAAUAUUCAAAUUACAUUAAUAAAGUUAUAUUUUUCUAUAUAAUUUUGUUAUGCACAGCAUUUGUGUAAUUCAGAAGUUUAUGUUAUUAAUAACAUACUUUUUAUUGAGAUUUCCAUUUGUUUUAUGCAGUUCUAAAAUAAUGUUGUUAUUCUAUAAACAGUUCCCUUUUUAAGUUGCCAAAGAAUUAACAUUGGGGCACCUGGCAAAAGGUACUUGCUAUUUGAAGUGCUUUUAAUAUACAGUGUAUAUUUUUAUGGACUACACUGCACAUUUGGCUUUAUUUAAAUGUUUUCUAGGAGUUUUGCAUGCUUUUUAUACAGUUUCUCAUUGACACAUUCAGGUUUAAAUUUUAAGCUCAACUGAAGUUUAAUUCAACUGAUUUGGACAGUCUGUAUUUUCGCAUAUUCAGCCACGAGAUUAGAGUGGAUAAUUGCUAAUCCAUACUUGACAUUUCUCUGAUCAUUUCAGAACAUUCAGAAAGGAAAGCAUAUAUUUAAUGUGGCUGUGUAGCACUUUGGAUACAAAAGGAAAAUGAUGCUUUGGAAUGUGCAGGAGUGCUCAUGCAGCCCUUGGCAACUUCAUGAAAGUGUGGUGUCUUUUCUUUGGUCAUACACCAAUCUUUGUUCCAGAUUAGUAUAAUCCUAGUUUAGCCCUGGGAAAGAGGCUUUGAUUAAACGAUUUGUCAAAAGAUGAUUGAUAUCUGAGUGCAGCCCUGUUUUCCUUUCAAAUCCAAAGCACUGCCCAUCCAACAUAUUUAAUGCAUUUGACACACAUAAAGACAGACUGAUUUAAAAAGAAUUUUAAUUUGUACAUGAACAAAGACAGUGAUCAGUACUUUCUUACACCAUGCAUGGUUCCCUUUUUUUAAAAUAAUACUAUCAGUUUGCUGUAAACAAAAAGCAUGCAAUUAUUGUUAUCUUAAAAUGGAGAACUUCCAGAGGAUUUUGUUGUUAAGAGAAAAUGUAUGUUUACUCUAAUAUAUCAGAAACAUCCGUAUUCUUGGGUUGAAGGCAUAUUAUACCAAUACCCGAUAAAGAAAUAAAACUUCAAAAAUGGAA